GUCGGUAUGCAUGCAUUGACAAAUCCGGAACAUCAUAUUCGACAUCACUCGAAUGUGAAACCCAAUGGCUUUCCCUCUUGGUUCAUUAUAAUUCACGCGACAAGUAGUUGAAGAAACCCUCGUUCAGCAGUCGAACCGGAAAUGCCAGAAAAGUGGAGCAAUUUGACGCGUCGUCGGGUCGUCCGAUAGCAACGAGUCCGUCUGAUCAUCAACUGAACUCCGACAACUUGCUUUUUCGUGCUGACGCAGUCAAGCAACGACAUGUGCAGCAUACACGUCUGCCGAAUUAUCUCCUGACGUUGCAAGUCGGUCGAUAUCCAGAUUGUUGGACAGAUGACGGCGCUGCAUCCCGCGUUCCACCCGCAAGGGAUUGACACCCAGUCCACUGGUGAGAUGGUCGCCUUUGGAUCUUUGCGGGACUUUGCUGUCAUUCCCAUCGUCAUUAUCCCGCUGUUGGUUUCUCAAAGACGAGGGAGAUGGGUGCUUUAUAUGCGACGGCUGGCGUUUUUGUGCGUCUGUUUUCUGAUCACCCAGACCAUUCGUUACAGUCGCUGUUCGCUGGGGAGUAACCUUGUCAUUGGGAUCUGGUCUGCGUAUCUCGCUAUCUGGAGCGGCGUGUUUUUGGUUUUUCGAGACUUUGAAGAGUGCCUUAUGCGAGUCGAGGAGCACGUCGUUGUAGAAGCUAUCCAGCAGUCCCCUUGCAAAGACCAAGCCUAUACUUCUCCAGCCACCAUGCAGCAUGAAGAACCUUCCACAGGAAAGCGACACCAGCGACCAACAUCCACAGCACCAGCAUCCCAGGAGGUGCAUCUCCUCCGCUGGCAAAAAUACCCAGAAACUCUUCUCCACCGCUUCUUCUGGGUCCUCGAUAUGCUCCUCAGUCUCAAAGGCGCCGGCUGGAACUGGGGCCCAUCAUCGCAAUCGCUCUCUCUUCCGAAACGCCUUCCAUCACGAACCCCCGACGAUAGGAAAAGUCCACUACGCUCUCUGAUGCUUACCUCCUCGCUCAAAUCCCUAGCCCUCUACCUGCAAAUGCUCUUCCUCCAGGCUAUCGCUCUGAGAGACCCCUACUUCUGGGGUCCCUAUGCCCCGCCCUCUCAUCAGCCGGCUCUGGUACCGCAGAGCGCCUUCCAGCGAGCGACUAGAGCAUGUCUAUCAGCAGCCAUGAUAUGGACUUCAAUGGCGCUCAUUGCCUCCUCGCUGGCUCUCGCUCACGCUCUCACCACUGCCUGCAUUCGCUCACUCCGCAACAAGUCAGGCGCAGUAGCCCUCGAAUCCGCAUGGCUCCUACACGCCGAUACCCUACUCCUCCCUGACACAGGCACUAACGCACGAAAACCACCCACCCCCAAAACUACAACCACCCUCGAAUGGUUCUGGGGUUCCUUCUGGCACCAGACCUACAGACAGGGUCUGGUAGAAGCCUCGCGGUGGCUCUCAACACCGCUGGGGAAGACGCGCGCCCGCACCGUAGUCUUCCGCUUCUUGGUCUUCUCCCUCAGCGGUGCUAUCCAUUGGUGCGGGCUGUAUACCGGCUUGGUGCCGCACGGUGGAGCCCCGUCGUGGCGGCCGGUUCUGUUCUUUGCGGUGCAGCCGGUGGGGAUGUUUGCUGUGGGGUGGUUGAGGAGGUUGUUGCUGUUGUUGUCGGGGAGGAGUGAGAGGUUGUGGAGGGUUGUUGAUAUGGGUGUGACUUUAGCGUGGUUGGUGGGGACUGCGCCGUGGCUUUUGGGUGAGUUGGCUUGGACGGGGACUUGGGUGCUUGAUGUGCCGGGGUUGGGGGAUGUUGGGAGGAUGGUUGGGUUGGGGGAUUGAUGCUGAUGGCUGUAUUCCUUUUUUCUCGUAGAAUGUCU